AUGCAGACCUUUCGAGAAUUUCUCAUCUGGUACAACAACCUAGAUGUCCAACCCUUUUGUGAGGCCCUGGAAAAAAUGUGCGCCUUCUGGAAAGAUAAAAAGAUCGACAUGUUAAGACAAGGUAUUUCUAUUCCCGGUGUUACCUUGACGUACCUCUUUACCACCCUGGAAUCUGGCAUCUUCUUCUCUCUGUUUGACGAAAAAAACAAAGAUCUGUACUAUCUCUUUAAGAAAAUUAUGGUGGGUGGCCCUAGUAUAAUAUUUCAUCGAUAUCACGAGGCGGGAAAAACCAAAAUCAGAGAAAAAGAAGUGGAGGAUCAAGGAAAACAAGCAAAAACCUGUCAAAAGAUUGUUGGAUACGAUGCCAAUGCUUUAUAUCUAUGGGCCAUCAUGCAAGACAUGCCCACCGGAUCAUUUACAAGACGCCGAGAGGAAACUGGCUUCAAGAGAGAAAGUUCUUCCAGGAUGGCAACCGAGUGGUUAGAGUGGAAGGCACAUGACGGAGGAAUUUUUAUACGCCACCAAAUGAACAAUACAGAAAAACGCAUUGGUGAAAGAAAAAUACCAGUGGAUGGUUUUCACGGUCCUUCUCAAACAGUCUUUCAGUUCCACGGCUGCUGGUGGCAUGGGCAUAUCUGUCAUCUUACUAAAGGAAAAGAAAUGAACGAAAAGAGAAAAAGACCAAUGGCGGAGUUACGAGAAGAAACCAAAGAAACCUCCAAGUACAUCAAGGAUCAGGGGUACCAUCUUGUGGAAAUCUACGAGUGCCAGUGGCGUCGAAUUAAGAAAACCAACUCACAAGUUCAGCAGUUUCUUAACUCCAAGUUUAACCGCCCUCUUGAUCAUCACAAGACUCUGACACAAGACCAGAUCUUAAGCGCAAUAAGAAGCGAGUCCCUCUUUGGAGUGGUCGAGUGUGAUGUUCGAGUACCUGAUGCACUAAAACCCAAGUUUGCAGAAAUGUGCCCCAUUUUUAAAAACAUAGAAAUUUCAAGAGAAGAUAUUGGUCAACACAUGCAAACCUUUGCUGAGGAAGAGAACAUCAUGUCACAACCUCGAAGAAGUCUCGUUGGUAGCUAUUUUGGUGAGAAGAUCUUAUUGGCUUCCCCACUCAUUAAGUGGUACUCGGAGCAUGGUCUGGAAGUGACUCAUAUUUAUCAAGUAGUAGAGUACACACCCGUUCCCUGUUUCCAACCCUUUGGGCAAGCUGUAUCGGAUGCUAGACGGGCUGGAGAUGUAGACCCAAACAAAGCCAUCAUCGCAGACACUAUGAAAUUGGUAAGUUGUUUUCCUAUUGAAGUAAAGAAGGAGGAAAUACGUUUAAAGGUACAAAAAAAAAAAACCUCAUAUCAAUGUUGUCUCUCUCUCUCUCUCUCUUUUUUUUUUUUUAUAGGUGGGGAACUCGAGUUAUGGAAAGACGAUCACAGAUCAAGAACGCCAUCGAGAAGUCCAGUUUUGUGAAGAAACCAAAGCGUCCCGCUUAAUAAACAAACCCUUCUUUAGACAGAUUGAACUGAUUGAUAAAAAUACGUUUGAAGUGCAAUCUUGCAAGAAAAAAAUCAAGUUGAACCUUCCCAUGCAGAUAGGUUUUUUCGUUUAUCAAUACGCUAAACUUAGAAUGCUUCAGUUUUAUUUUGAUUUCAUGGAUAAGUAUCUUGAUCGUACUGAUUUUCAGUAUUGUGAAAUGGACACCGACUCUGCCUAUAUCGCGAUCGCAGGGCAAUCGGUAGAAAGUUUAGUAAAACCAGAGUUAAGAGGAGAAUUUGAAGCAGACAAGGCGAAUUGGUUUCCACGAACCGACACUCCAGAACACAAAGCUUAUGACAAAAGAACACCAGGUUUAUUUAAGGAAGAGUGGACAGGGGCAGGAAUAAUUGGUCUAAGUAGCAAGACCUACUAUUGCUUUGGGGCCUAUGAUAAGUUCAGUUGUAAAGGGGUUAACAAGAAAACAAACGACAUUAACAAAGAAAAAUAUCUUAAUGUUCUGUUGACCAAACAGAGUAGUGCAGGAUUAAAUAAAGGUUUUCGGGUAGUCAACAAUAGCAUGUAUACUUAUGAACAAGUUCGAGAUGGGUUUUCCUACUUUUACCCCAAAAGAAAAGUGUUGGAGGAUGGAGUUACCACUAUGCCUCUAGAUAUAUAA